UCAGGUGACGUCACUAGAAACCAGACUCUCCCAGAGGACAAACCGGUACAGCGAAGCUCAGAAAGAACUAGACGAGAAAUGUGAAGAAGUCGCUACAUUGCAGAGAGAGCUACGACAGAAGAACUCGCAGAUCUCCAUGUUGGAACGCCAGCUGGAUGAGAAGGUGGAGGCCUUCACGCUGCACGCCACCAAACUGUCGGAGCUGGAGGAGGAACUACGGGAGAAGAGCGCCACGCUCAACAGCCUCCGCGCACAGCUGGAGGAGAAGGACUCGGAGCUGAGCCAGUCCAUGGCCUCAUCCUCUCGCAUGAAGAACCUUCACACGGAGCAGUGUAAGGAACUGGAGGGGCAGAUUGAACUGCUCCAACAGCGAGUAGAAGAGAAGAUGAUGUUGUUGCGUGAGUCAGAACUGAUGGUGGACUCACUCCGAGGGGAGAUGUCCCUGAAAACUGCACAGAUAGAGCAGCUACAGGUGUCUUUGGAGGAAAAGUCCAAGGAGCUGAACAGGGAAGCGAGACAGAACCAACAGGCACUGAAGUCCCUGGAACAGCAGGCAGCCGACGGGACCUCACGGGUCAGACAGAUGGAGACUGCCCUCAUGCAGACCAGGGAGGAACUGCAGGCAUACGUGACCCAGCUGGAGGACAACAAGAAACAACACGACAGAGAGGUGGCCAAGAAGGAAGAGGAGUUGAAGAGGCUUCAGAAGCAGCUCCAGCAGAGCAGGAGGGAUGUUGAGGAGAGGGCGGGGCACAUUGUGGAGCUGGAGAGAACACUGGACCACAGACAGCAGAUGUUACAGCAGAGCAGCAGCAGGAUAGAGGAGCUAGAGGAUGGGCACAGCAACAUGGAACAGCAGCUGUCCAAGUUGGAGAGGGAUCUACAGAGACAGAAGUCGUCCACAGCAGAUGAGAUGAGGGACAUGGAGGGGAAACUUCACCAGGCAUGUCGGGACCUGGAGUCAGGCAGACAGCAAGUCCAGGACCUCACCAACACUAUCAGACAGCUGCAGGUAGAGCUGAAGCACAGCACAGACCAGAUCAGCACGCUGGAGGCACAGCUGGGAGAGACACAGCGCGAUGGGGACAGCAAGGACAGGAGGGUCAGCGACCUGGAGGUCAAGGUCAGGGAAUCAGAGAUGAACUUGGAGAACAAGAUGCAGGAAGUGAGGAGACUAGAGGAACAGCUGGCCCAGACUGAGCUGACAUCAGAGGAGAGACUGCAGCAGAGCGGGCGGCUCAGCGAGGCCCUCGAGCAGACACAGGCGGAACUGCACCAGACCAUGAACCAGCUGGAGGACCUGGAGAAGGUGCUGAACCAGCAGAGGUCGGAGGUCAAGAAAAAGGACGGGGUGGUCCAGGAGAUGAGGAGCUCACUCAAGAAAAGUGAGGAUGAGCUGCGCAGUAAGGAGCGGGACAUACAGCAGAUGGACCAGGUACUGAGGGAACAGCAGUGGCAGCUCAAACAGCGGGCAGCACAGGUGACCCAACUGGACAUGAGCAUCAAGGAACACCGGAGUGAGAUGGAACAGAAAUGUAUCCAGCUGGAGACUGCUUACAGUAGAGGUCAACUGGAGGUCAAGGACAAGAACAGACAGAUUGUGGAGCUUGACGAGCGUCUGGAGGAGCUGCAGGGACAGCUGCGGGAGAAGGACCUGCAGGUGCAGCAGCUGGAGCAGCAGACAGCUGCGCUCAAGAAGGACAUUGCACAGCGUGUGGAGAAAGCUGACCAGCUGAAAAAGCAAAUUGAGGAGCAGCACAGUCACGCAGCAGAGCUGCAGGAGGAUGGGCUGGAGCAGGGACAGCAGCUGCGCCUGACCAGGGAACAGCUGCAGAGACAGCACGUGGAGCUGACAGACGCACACCGGCAGCUGGCGCAGGUGCAGCGGGAAUGUGACAGGCUGACCCGGGAGCUGGAGGCCACCCUGGCCGUGUCACAGGACAAAGAGGCGGAUGCCAGCCGGCUUGCGGAGGAGCUGGGAGCAGCGAAGGCUCGGGAGGCGCAGGCAGAGUCCAGAGCUCAGGCUGACGUCAGGAAACUCAAGACUGAGAUGAUGACUCUACAGGAACAGCAUCAGAACAAGAUAAUGGCCCUACAAGAGACACACAACCAGGUGAUUGCAGACAAGGAGUCGGCAGGGUCUGCCCACCUGCAGCAGGUGGAGCAGCUGGAACAGCUGCAGAAACAGCUGCAGCAGCAGCUGCAAAAUGCCCAGGACCAGAUCACCAGUCUGGAGAAUGAACUCAUUGCCAGGAAGGAAGUUAUUGAUGCCGCCAAUGAGCAAAUAGUUAUCAAGGAAGCAGAAGUCGCAAGAUUAGAAGCCAAGAUCUCUGGCUACGAGCGGGCGACGUUUGGUGUAAGUACCAGCAGAGGCAAGCGGCCCAGCAGCCAGGGGAAGAAGAGGACAGUUCCACCUCUACUGCCGUCCCUAGGACCCACGUUACACUUCUCUCCAGGCAGCUCUCGAAAUAACUCGUCAGACUUUCACCCGAACCAGUCGGGAACGUUCAUGGACGAACACGCGACGUUUAACUCCACCAGGCAGCUAGGUAUAUCCGGGCCUAUUUCAAAUAGGACGAACAUGUCAGUCAGUAGGUCACAUGAGUUUGAAUUACCAAUGGGAAGAGACUCGGAAGUGAGCCGGGACCAGGGGAGCUUCGGCGCUUAUGCGCCGUCGGAAACGGACAGCGAAGCGAUCGAGACGUUCGAAGGGAUGCUGAAACACGUGAAUAAGCAAAUACGCCGAGAAGACUCGAGGUCUAGAAUUCCGGUACCCAUGCAUAGUAGGGCAGAUUUUCGACCCAGGGAAUACCAUCAAACCUCUUCGAGUAGAACGCCGACCAAAGCACAACCACCGCAUUUUGUAAGUCCUUCCGACAAGAGUGCGUACCACGAUGAGUCUAGUCGGUAUAUGUUCCAGUCUACGCCGACCAAAACCUCUCAGGGACUCCCGCCGGGCGCGUCUUUCCGAGCGCGCUCAGUGUCGCCCACGCCGGAGAAAUCGGAUCACGGUUACGCAGCCAGAGGUCAUCCAAUGACACGGUCCAACUCCUUACCAUAUUUGGCAGGGAUGGAUGUUGGGGCAGCAGAUGCAAGUUGGCCAGAUGUGACUCUCAAUUCACUAGGUUCUGCUCCGGACAGUCCUGGCAGCUUCCUUGACCAGACAGAUGACCACUAUCCCCAGGGGACCACCAAUAAUGAUAUGGAACCUUCACAACACAUGAAGGCUCUACAGGAAAGACUGCGGGCGAACGAGCUGCGUAGGCAGGAGAUAGAACACCAGCUGGCAGACAUGCACGGCUCCAUGCAGAGGGCACAGGACAGGAUCGGUCCCAGCGAGAGAUAGGAAAUAAUGAACUACAGGAGACACAUACAAACAUUUAUAC